AUGGCGCCUUUUGAAGCUCUGUAUGGGAGACCAUGUCGUACGCCAAUAUGUUGGGUUGAAGUAGGCGACACCGUUCUUCCUAGACCUGAUGUAGUUAAGCAUUUUGCCGAGGUCCUUCCUUCAAUUAAGGAGCGCUUGAAAGCUGCACAGAGUCGACAAAACACCUAUGACGAUCAACAUAGGAGGAAUGUAGAGUUUCAUGUCGAAGAUCGUGUUUUAUUGAAAGUCUCACCCAUGUGUGGCGUUAUCCGUUUUGGAAAAAAGAUUGCCAAGUUGUCACCGCGACAUAUUGGAUAUUUCCAAAUUAUAGAAAGAGUUGGUGAUUUAGCCUAUCGACUAGAUCUACCUCAACAUUUGUCUAAUGUGCAUAACGUUUUCUAUGUAACUAUGUUACGGGAAUACCAGCCAGACAAUUCCCAUGUCAUAGACUAUAGUACCAUAGAACUCGCGGCGAAUGUCACAUAUGACGAAGCACCUGUUCGCAUAUUAGGCAAGGAAGUAAGAAAGCUCCGUACUAAGAAAAUUCCAAUGGUUAAGAUACAAUGA